CGAUAUCUCUACAUGAGACGAAGCAUCGAAAACCGAUGGGCUUAUAAUUAGUCGGGAAGUAUAAGGGCUUCCGAAGAUUCAGAAGUCAUGGCCCGACUCAAGUCACUUUAGCAUCAACCUUUCUUCUGUUUCCACUCGUCGUCAACUCAAGCCUCUCUAGAGUAUCAUGAUCAUGGAUCCUCGUCCAAGGGUAAUCUGCCUUCCAAACACCAUGACAAACUGGCCCUGGCCUCAUGUGAUGAAUCCUCAUUAUGAAGAUGUGAAAGCUGAAGUCGAUGCUCCGUUCCGUAAAUUCAAGGCUCUGAGUGCCAAGUCACAGGAAGCAUUCGACAGAUAUGAUUCUGCCCGUUUAGCAGGAUUGGCUUAUCCCAAUGCAUCAAGAGAACACCUUCGUAUCGCCUGCGAGUUUAUCAAUGUCCUCAUCAUUGUGGAUGAGUACACCGACGUUGAAAAUGCAGCAGUUGCCGAGGCAAUGGUGGGCAUCGUCAUCGAUGCCCUACACAAUCCUCAUAAGACACGACCAGAAGGCGAGUGCAUCCUCGGUGAAAUUAUACGACAGCAAGUAUCUUCAAAUUGUCUAAUCACGCAUUCUGAUGCCCAAGAAAUUUUGCAUAGAUUUUGGACUAGUGCGAUUCAGACCGCAAGCCUACCUUUUCAACGUCACUUCCUUGCCAGCUUUAUCGCAUACCUUCGUGCAGUAGUUGUCGAGGCUCUCGACCGCGACGAGGCUCAUUGUCGUACUAUCAGCGAUUACAUCAAGCUCCGGCGGGAUACAUGUGCUACAAAACCUGCCAUUGCAAUAUAUGAAGUAGAAAUGGAUCUUCCCGAUGAGGUGUUUAAUCAUCCCGUCAUUGUCGAAUUGGUUGAAUUCAUUGCAGAGUUGAUGUCGAUUGAUAAUGACAUGAUCUCGUACAAUAAGGAGCAAGCUACAGGGGACGAUAAUCAUAACUUGAUCACUAUUGUUAUGGCGGAACUCGGCCUCGACAGAAGCGGUGCGAUGGUCUGGGCAGCGCGCUAUCAUGCUGAAGUCGAGAAAAGGUUCAUCGACGGUCUUGCGAAGGUACCUUCAUGGGGACCUUCCACAGACGUUCUAGUUAAGCAGUAUCUUGAUGGCAUGGCAACAUGGGCUCGAGCAAACCAUUCUUGGAGUUACGAAACUCAAAGAUACUUGGGUACAAGGGGCCCAGAGAUACUGCGAACUGGUCUUGUCCCAUUAUUGCCCAAAGUCAACUGCAAAGCCACAUCCGCGGCGGAAAAGGUCAAUAUUACUGAUUUAUCCGUGACGGAUGCCAUAGCAGACCGUAAGCAACCAUCUAGAAUCUCUCGACCGACCUAACACGUGUGCUCCAGAAGCAUCGGGCCUAGGUGACAAGUGUGAUGAAAUCCACAUUUGUUCAAGAGAACGGACAUAGAUAGUAGUUAAUGUUGCAGCGAAUAUGAAAUUUAUCUUUAGGUGUGGGGCCCCUCUCGCAGAGUUUGCAGAUCGUUUGUUCAAGUUCAUUAGAUACACGAUGAAUACACGUAUCGUAAACUUACCAGCACGUACAAAUUAUGGUGGCUCGCUGAGGGAUAUUGGCCUACGCAUUUGUCAGCG